CUAAACACUAAAACAAAUUUGUUACGUUUUCCCUUUAAAAAUACUUACAAGAAAAGCAAAAGCAUUAAUGAUUUGUUUUGUGGGCUUAACUGCACAAACACCACUCUACACGUAGAUUUUUAAAACAAACAAUUGCAGCACAAACAAUUUAAAAACAAAUGUUGGCGUGCCAGGAUCAUUAGUACAGACAAUGUAGAUUAAAUCUAAGGCUCCUCAUGAACCAGCCAAAUAUGCCGUGUUUAUUUUGAUAGAAGAAGGUCUGAUGAAAAAAGGCCCGUGCAAAGCUGAGCAGAAGUUUAAAGAAGGCUCAGAAUUUAUUUCUGACCUCACUGCUGGAAAAAGUCUGGGCCUGUGCAAGUGCUCCUUAACCACAUUGAGACCUGGCAAACUUCCACCAGCUUUAGAUUGUUAAAUCCACUAAGACAUUGGCCUCAGCUCACAGCAGGGCUGCAACAACUGCACUCUGAGCUGGCUAAGCCAUGCUUUGUCGAAGCAGAAGUCCAAAGCAAAAGAGGAAAGAGAAGUAAUAAAAUAGGGAAGGAAAAGGACACAUGAGGGAAGGAAGAGCAGCAGAAAUCUAAGUCUCAUGUUCCAGGUGGUGUGCAGGACUUGGAGCUAGCCAAGGAAGUGAUGUCACCUGAAUCUUGUCUGGUCAUGAUGUGCCUCUGACAAUGGAAACCAGCUGGCGUCAUGAUGGAUUCUGGGAUCUAAGGGCCUAAUGGGGCGGGGAGGGGAGGGCAGAGACAAUUGAAGGAGACUUUCUGAGAACGCCUGUGUGUGAGGACACCAUCAACUUCCCUGCCUGCCCGUUGGUGUACAGGCCCCUCUGUGGAACUGAUGGGAACACUUACGACAAUGAAUGUUUGCUCUGCAUGACUCAAACGAAAAGCAAGCAAAAUAUCCGGAUUUUGAAGGAUGGACCGUGUUAACACGUGAACACCCUCCUGAAAGCCUUGAAAACCCAAGGACAGCUCUCCUUAAUUGACACUUUGCUCUCUAUAUUGAUUCCAAGAUACUAGCAAUGACUGUUUCACCCUCUGAUGAUGAAUAAUAAAAUGGCAGUUAAAACACU